AUGAUGAUGUUAGGUGGUAUUGCCUCUCCUUCGCCGUUCCCCUGUGUUUUCUCAGCUUUAAGUAUCGUUAUUACUCUUGUCGUUGCUCUUCCUUCUGUUGUAGAUGCUUACCCUGCUGUGCCGGACAUUCCCCUCGCAGAGAUAAUGUUUGGGCCGUACAAUAAAGAUAUGGUAGACAUAAUGGGAAGAGGAGGAGGAGGAGGAGCAAAUCUAGAAGGAGUAGAAAGAAGAACAGCAUCUCAAUUUGUUGCAGGUACGGGAGAAAAUGGGGAAACAGUAGGUGGGGAGAAUGAUGACUUUUGUUUUAUUUCUCAUGGUUGCUGGGGUGGAAAACCACCCCAACUCUCUGGACAGCAGGAUGUCUCGUCGCUUAUUUCACAACUUCUUACGAAGAGCAAUGAAGAUACCUCAUCCAAUAGCGAACAUAUUCGCUUUAUUGUGGCGGCAGGAGACAACUUUUACAAGCAUGGUGUACGGGAUAAAUAUGAUGAUCGAUUUUUUACAACUUUUGAGAGUUUUUAUGAUGGUAGAAAUGCGACACAGCGUGUGCCCUGGCUUGUGGCGUUAGGUAAUCACGAUUAUUACGGUAAUUGGUGGGCACAGGUGAAUUACACAUAUGCCACGAAGGAACAGGAGAAGUAUAAACAUCUCUGGCAUCAUCUCACCACCUCUGAUGUGGUAGUAUCGGGCCGUUGGUAUAUGCCCUAUCCAUAUUAUGCGAUUAAAGUCAGUACUGACAUGGUGGUGGUGGUAAUUGAUACAGUGCUUUUACAUCGCUGCGCAAAUAGUAUGGAAUCCUGUUGGGAUGGUGGAAAACAGAAACAAAUAGUAGAGAAUUGGCUUCUGCAUACAUAUGCUAAUGUUCCAUAUAAAGUGGUAGUGGGGCAUUACCCGGUAUUGGCUAAUGGACCACAUGAGAACUUCCCGUGGCUUCAGGAGUGGCUUAUUCCACUCAUGGAAAAGUCGUGUGCGUCUGUGUAUAUACAUGCUGAUAAUCACUACCUGCAGGUGUCAAAAAAAGGGUAUCAGUAUUAUGCUAACAGUGGUGGUGGAGCUGGACUCCGUCUGCAUUUUCCACUCAAACACAAGAGCUGGACUAAGGAGGAAAGCAUUUUCCACGCCGUGGAGUAUGGUGUAAUGCUGCACUGCAAAAAAGAUGGACGUAUCACACAUCGUGUGCUUGACAGAAAAGGUAAGGAACUCUUUCGAUUCACCUCAUGGGAUGAAAAUGAUGCUCCAGCACUGCAACAGUGCCUGGCGAGGUUGAGAGCUGAAAAUUAUAACGCGGCUGAUACGAAUGACAGUUGUCCAUUAUUUACGUUUGGUCCACUUUUCAUGAUAUUUCUUGUAGUUGUACUUCUUUCAAUGCAGCGACGCAACCGUAUACGGCCUCGGCGCUAUGCAUAA